AGUGCGAUUGUUGUGGUGUGGAGAUGAAUCUGCCAUAUCUCGAAAGGCAGGUUUAUCCUGCUUGCUAGAACUCUGCUCUUCCCUUCUUUUACAGUUACGUAACGGUCGUCGGGGACGGAGCAGAGACAUUGCCAAAGUACCAACAGAUGAUGGGAGGCUCCAUACUCCCCAUUUCUAUGCAUACCAGAUGUGGCGCCAAAUUCCUACUGCCCUUCUCCACUUCAAGAUUUAGCUCUCCUUUUACCCAUGGUUCUAGAGGCAAUAGAGGUCUCAUUCAAACUCUAGCAUUGGUGGAUCACUGUAGAUUAAGAAAUAUAAAGAGAUUGAAACUUUUCACUACAAGAGCUUCAGCACAGCCUUUGACAGAGGAUCUUGUGGAAGGUGAACGAUCAAAUACUUCCAUAAGUGGUGACUCUAUCCGUAAAAGAUUUCUUGAAUUUUACGCUGCAAGGGGCCACAAAGUUCUUGCAAGUUCUUCUCUUGUCCCAGAGGAUCCAACAGUACUGUUGACAAUUGCUGGCAUGCUUCAGUUCAAGCCUAUAUUCCUUGGGAAGGUUCCCAGAGAAGUGCCUCGAGCAGCAACUUCACAAAGAUGCAUCCGCACAAAUGACAUUGAUAAUGUAGGUCGAACAUCUCGGCAUCAAACAUUCUUUGAGAUGCUUGGAAAUUUUAGUUUUGGGGAUUACUUCAAACACGAUGCUAUAAAGUGGGCCUGGGAGCUUUCAACUGUGGAGUUUGGAUUGCCUGCUGACAGAUUAUGGAUUAGUGUGUAUGAAGAAGAUGAUGAAGCUUUUGCAAUAUGGCAUGAUGAGAUAGGAAUUCCUGCAAACCGCAUUGUGAGACUUGGGAAAGAGGACAACUUCUGGACAAGUGGACCAACCGGUCCCUGCGGCCCUUGCUCUGAAAUUUAUUAUGAUUUCCAAACUGAAAGAGGAUAUUCAGAUGUUGAUCUUGGAGAUGAUGUGAGGUUUAUGGAGUUCUACAACCUUGUUUUCAUGCAAUACAAUAGAAAGGAUGAUGGGUCUCUUGAACCCUUAAAACAGAAGAACAUUGAUACUGGGUUAGGCCUGGAGCGCCUGGCUCGUAUUCUUCAACAGGUUCCAAACAACUAUGAGACAGAUUUAAUGUUUCCUAUCAUACAGAAGGCCUCAGAGUUAGCAUGUGUAUCAUAUUCACUUUCCAAUGAAUCUACAAAAACACAUCUUAGGAUAAUUGGAGAUCACAUGCGUGCAAUAGUUUAUCUUAUAUCAGAUGGAGUAUAUCCAUCAAACAUUGGGCGAGGAUAUGUGGUUCGGCGUCUCAUCAGAAGGACAGUUCGAACUGGCAGGCUACUGGGUAUAAAGGGGAAUGGUAUGGGUGACCUGGAAGGUGCAUUUUUGCCAGUACUUGCAGAAGAAGUUAUCAAGCUAAGCACUGACAUAGAUUCAGAUGUAAAGACAAGAUCAUCCCGCAUCCUUGACGAAUUGAAAAGAGAGGAACUUCGGUUUGUGUCAACACUUGAAAGAGGUGAAAAGCUUCUUGAACAAAUGUUAGCUGAUGCAUUGUCCCGUGCUCGGAUGGAUGGAACUGUACCUUGCCUAUCUGGCAAGGAUGCCUUUCUUCUAUAUGAUACAUAUGGGUUUCCGGUGGAGAUAACAAAAGAAGUGGCUGAUGAGUGUGGUGUUGGUAUAGACAUGGAUAGCUUUGACGUUGAAAUGGAGAACCAAAGGCGCCAAUCUCAGGCUGCACAUAAUACUGUCAAACUUUCUGUUGAAACUGGAUCAGAGCUCGCAGAAAGCAUUCCCGAUACUGAAUUCCUUGGCUACAGUACUCUUUCAAGUAAAGCAGUAGUUGAGGGUUUGUUAGUAAAGGGUAAACCAGUGGGGCAGGUUACUGAAGGGAAUGAAGUUGAAGUGCUGUUAGACAGGACUCCAUUUUAUGCUGAAUCUGGUGGGCAAAUUGGGGAUCAUGGCUUUCUCUAUGCAAUGGAGUCAGGGAAUGGUAGGGAAGCUGUUGUGGAGAUCAGAGACGUCCAAAAAUCUUUGGGUAAUAAAUAUAUCCACAAAGGAAAGGUCACAAAAGGUCAUUUAGAUUUAGGCCUAGAAAUAGAGGCUGAAGUGAAUGCAAGUCUGAGGCAAGGAGCAAAGGUCCAUCAUACUGCCACACAUCUACUCCAAGCGGCCCUUAAGCAAGUAAUAGGCCAGGAAACAUCUCAAGCUGGCUCUUUGGUGGCCUUCGAUCGCCUCAGGUUUGAUUUCAAUUUCAGUAGGUCACUUCGUGAAGAUGAGCUUAUGGAAAUUGAACGGCUAGUUAAUCAGUGGAUUGGCGAUGCAACACUGCUUGAAACAAAAGUAAUGCCUCUUGCUGAUGCAAAGAAGGCUGGAGCUAUUGCGAUGUUUGGUGAAAAAUAUGGAGAGCAGGUACGUGUGGUGGAUGUUCCUGGUGUAUCCAUGGAGCUUUGUGGUGGUACCCAUGUUAGCAACACUUCUGAGAUACGUGGCUUCAAAAUAAUUUCCGAACAGGGAAUUGCAUCUGGAAUAAGACGCAUUGAAGCUGUGGCAGGUGAUGCUUUUAUUGACUACGUCUGCACCAGAGAUAACUACCUCAAGCAGCUUUGCUCCACUCUCAAAGUGAAUGCAGAAGAUGUGACAACUAGAGUAAAUAAUCUCUUGAAAGAUGUACGCGAAGCCAGAAAUGAAGUAUCAGCUGCUCGUGCGAAAGCAGCAAUUUACAAAGCGUCAUCCAUUACAAGCAAUGCAGUCACAGUUGGAUCUUCCACAAAGACAAGGGUGCUGGUUGAGAGCAUGGAGGAUAUGGAGGCGGAUGCACUGAAGAGCGCUGCCGAAUACUUGAUAGAUAGAUUGGGCGAUCCAGCAGCCGUGGUUUUGGGUUCCUGCCCGGAUGGCAAACGCGUAUCCUUGAUUGCGGCAUUCAGUCCAGGAGUGGUGAGUGUCGGGAUAGAAGCAGGCAAGUUCAUAGGAGCAAUCGCGAAGCUCUGCGGCGGUAGAGGUGGUGGGAGGCCUAAUAUGGCUCAGGCCGGCGGAACCGAGCCUGGAAAGCUUGUCGAGGCGCUUGAAAAGGCCCGCGAGGAGCUCGAAUCGCGCCUGUCGUAAGCUGCAGUUGUGAUGGAAUACAGCAGAAGCAGAACAUGUGUUGGCUGUUAUGGUAAAAAAUUGGAAGUUUGUGUGAUAGGUCCAGCUGGAGAAGGAACAGCUGUUUGUUUGUUUGUUUGUUGGGGGCAGACAGCAGAAGCAGAAAAGCGUGUUUGUGUUUUUAGGGAAUGGGAGAAGUCGGUGGUGUGGGGGACGCGCUUUUGCUUAUGCUUAUGAAAGUGGUAAGCAAUAAGAAGGGUUUGCAUAGGGUCGUCGCGUCCCCACCCGCCCAACUACUUCUCCCAACAACGUUCACAUUAUCAUUAAUUAAUUUUGGUAAUAAAUGUAGAUGAUUAUCAGGA